AUGUGCAACUACAUCUACAAGGAAUUCAGCUGCCAACACCACUACCAACUGGUGGAGUUCUGGUGCCCUAAGUAUAUCGAGAUAGAGCGGCGGUGCCUUCUGACAAUUGUCCGCAAGCAAUAUUGGUCAACCGAGACCCAAUCCCUCAACUUUCCAGGCGCCUGCCGCGAGCGUCAUCAGCACAGAAACCGUCCGUGGUUGAAGUGGUUGAAGCUGAUCGAGCGGCCCCAGUCUCGAAUG